ACGAGGCACUUGUUAGUAACACGUGACGCAAGCGUGAUUGUACAUAAAAGGUCCAUUUGAGCUUCUACGGGCGCAGUCUCACGUAAAGAUGUGUCCUUACGUAUGUCUUCUCGUCGUAUUUAUUGUGAUAUGUCCCGGGCAGUCUCUGUCCCGUCCCGAAACGGAUUCUGACAAGAUCGAGUCGCUGCCGGGACUGAACGCGACGCUCCCGUUCUCUCAGUACGCCGGUUACAUCACAGUGAACGAGUCCCAUGGACGGAGACUGUUCUACUGGUUCGUGGAGUCCCAAAGCGACCCGGAACGAGACCCACUGGUACUUUGGCUCAACGGAGGACCAGGCUGUUCUUCCUUUAACGGUUUAUUUGAGGAGAACGGACCGUUUUCCCCCAACAAGGACGGCAAAACGCUGGACCUGAACCCGUAUUCCUGGAACAGGAAUGCCAGCGUCAUUUUCCUGGAGUCGCCGAGCGGGGUGGGGUUCUCCUACUCCGACACGACAUCCGACUACACCACAGGCGACUGCCAGACUGCUCAAGACAGUCUCAACUUUAUGUUGAAGUUCUUGGAGAAAUAUCCGCAGUUCAAGAAGAACAAGUUUUGGAUCACGGGAGAGUCGUACGCCGGGCACUACGUCCCAAACCUAGCCAGCCACAUCGUGGAUUAUAACACCGAGAAACCCGGCAGUAUCAACUUGGCAGGGUUCAUGGUGGGUAACGCGUGGACGGACCCUCCCCUUGAUAACGCCGGUGCCGCGUUUUUCUGGUGGAGCCACGCCCUCAUCUCCGACAGGACCUACAACAACAUCAACAAGGCCUGUAACUAUAGCAACAUCGGGCCGCUGCUGGCCAAUGAGAAGCAGGCGCUGCUGUCCUCAUCACCAGGUCGUCUGAAAGAUGAGUGCGAGCUGUUGCUGGCAGAAGCUCACACCGAGAUGGGAAACAUCAACAUCUACAACAUCUACGUGGACGUGUGCCUGAAACACCGGGACGGGCGGCAGCUCCUGAGCCAGCUUGCCCGUUCUGAGUCCGUCCUACGGAAGUUCGCUCAGCACAGGCUGGGGGCGGAGGUGGGGAAGAUGUACCCGUGUGAGGACGACUACAUGGAGAAGUACUUGAACAGGCCUGACGUCAUCGCGACCAUUCACGCCGCCACGCUGCCUUACAAAUGGACGCCCUGCUCCACCAUCGUGGACUACUCCCGUAAGGACCUGCUCACCUCCAUGCUGCCCGUGUACGAGAAGCUGUUCUCCGCCGGUCUGCGUAUCCUGGUGUACAGCGGGGACGUGGACGCCAUCGUACCGGUCACGGGAACCCGGGCCUGGCUCAGGGUGCUGCCGCUUACCGAGACGGAGGGUUGGCAUGCCUGGACCGCGUCCGACGAGCAGGUUGGGGGUUACAGCGUGAUGUACGAUAAGCUGACCUUCGCCACCGUUCGGAACGCCGGCCAUGAAGUUCCCGGAUAUCAGCCGCUCAGGGCGCUGGACAUGUUCAAUAGGUUCCUCAACAAUCAGCGCUUGUGAUGGAAACAUAACUGGAUAUAACGCUAGUUCACCUUUAUCCUAGCCUAUAUAUUUUGUUUUUAAAAACGGAAUUUAGGGAUAUCGAAUCGAUGGAUGGUGGUUUAAAAUUACAAUAUUUUCAAUGUAUAAAAUAUUAGAAAGUUUGCGGUUAGAGGGACUCUAGAGCCACCGCUGUCACCCUGUGGAAAAAUGUGAACUAGUGUUGCACGCGUGCUUAUAGCGUGCUCAAGUCUACAUACAUGUAACAUACAUUGU